AUGGCCUCCCAUUUGGCGAAUAUUUUUGGUACUGAGCAGGACCGUGUGAACUGUUCGUUCUACUACAAGAUUGGUGCAUGCCGACACGGCGAUCGCUGCUCCCGCAAGCACAUUCGUCCUCCCUUCUCCCAGACCAUUCUCCUACCAAACGUCUACCACAACCCGAAGAACGACCCUGUUUGCAAACUCUCCGACAAGGAGCUGCAGGAGGGCUUUGAUGCAGUAUAUGAAGAUCUUUACUGUGAACUAUCCAAGUUUGGCCAUCUUCUAGAACUGCAUGUCUGCGACAACGUCGGUGACCAUCUGAUUGGCAACGUUUACGCGCGGUACGAAUGGGAGACGGAAGCACAGGCGGCGGUGGAUAACUUGAACGAUCGGUGGUAUGCAGGACGUCCGCUAUACGCCGAACUCUCGCCUGUCACCGACUUCCGCGAGGCUUGUUGCAGGCAAAACGAGAAUGGCGAGUGCAACCGUGGCGGCUUCUGCAACUUCAUGCACCUCCGGCUCGCGUCGAAGGAACUCGUUCGCCAACUUCGUCAUGGCCAACGUCUUGAACGCAAGGUCAACCCCCCCAAGACUGCGGGUGGUGGUGGUGGUUGGGAACCCGGACAGCGCCAGCGCGGACGUGGACGUAUGACUUCGGACUGGACUGCUUUUUUACAUGCUUGCCGCGAUUGCGGGGUUGCCACUGCAGACCGAGUACCCCGCGCGCUUCUCUCGAAAUUGGCUGUAUGUCAACUGCAUCUUACCUCGAUUUGUAACGCCUGGGAUGUUGGCGCUGGACAAGAGAAUCGUCGUGACUCCACGUCGCUGGCACACUUAGACUUGGGGGUGAAAUAA